AUUAAUCUUUCCUGGUCUUCUUAAAAAGGACUAUGUUGCGUAGGGCUUUGAAGACAGUCAGCAGGGUGAGUGGUGUGUCUCUGGCUCAACUGAUUAACACUGUAGUUGAUCGACAUAUAAAUUCCUGCAAGCUACUAACUACAAAAAUUUUAACUGACAGUGAGCAUCCACUUUAUUUACAGCUCUCUCCAUGUAUCUCCUCAAGGAGGACAAGAGGAAACUACAUAAGACUGUAUGCUCGUACAGCUAAGUAUAAGAAUUCAACUGUACCUUACCUUGCACGUAUAUUUUGUGAGGAGAAAAGUGUUAGAACAGAAAUCACACAUCAACUUUGUGACAGUUAAAAAUCUCAUUUCAAUAAUUUAACUUACAAUGUAGAAUUUUCUCGUUUUUAGUAUUCUUCACAUAACUUAAAUUUUUAUAAUGAAACAAUUCGAAA